AUGUCGAACAAUCCAGGAGGGGUCGGGGCCUUGGAUCUUUCUGGAAUGACAGCUGUGUCCCAAAAUGAUGGUGUGACACUGUUGCGACCCCUGUUGUCACUGGAGAAGAGUUUUGUUUUUGAUUAUGCACAUACAUUUGGUGUUCCAUACUUCAAAGAUACGACACCACAUUGGUCAACAAGAGGAAAGCUACGAAACAAAUUGAUUCCACUUCUUCAGGAAAUAUAUGGGGACGGCAGCAUGACGAACCAUAGCAAUUUGGGUACUGAAAGCGAUGAAUGUCGUGCCCUCUUGCAUGGAUCCAUAAUGGCUCCUUUUUUGAAGAGUGUCACUCACAAACCAAUGGGUAUUAUGUUUGACACAGCUCCAUGGAAGGACCAAGGCUUCUUCUUUUGGAAGUUUGUAUUGAGAGAAGCACUGCAUAGUGCAAAAAUUGGAAUGUUCUCAGACAAGAGCGUCGUUUCUUUUCUCAAACGCGUCAAAGCAAAUGUCGUCAAAGAAGGAUGGCUUCAGUGUCGGAAAGACUACGGAGUCUAUCUGCAACGGGACGGAAAAGUCUUUGCCUUUCGUUCCUCAAGCUUCCCCUGGAACAAGAAGGCCAUGUUCAAUGUUUAUGGACAAGUCGUGGAAUUUGACACAGACAAAAAGGUUGGACCUUGGAUCGUUUGA